AUGACGGCCUAGUAAAUGACGGUCGCGUAUGGUGUGGAAAGAUCAUUAGCGCAGAAAAUGUCGUGCAAGGCGGUAUUAUUUGCUCUCAUUGGACUUUUGGUCCCUCUGGUUUUCGGUGCAGCGGCUCCGAAACUUAUUGAGUGCAGCACUCAAGAUUUUACUGUACUUGAUCAAUGUUGCUUGAAACCAAUUGGAAAUUUGGCCGAAAAUGAUAUGAUGGUCGACUGCAAUCCAAAGAAGGACAAGAAACUGUACUCGUGGAUUAAUGACUACAUGCUUAACACGUUACAGAUUUUCAAAAAGAACAACACUAUCAAUAUAACUGAUGCUAAUACACUGAAAGUUCUUUGUUCUGCGGCCACCUUUGUCAACUGCCUCUUUAAUAAGGCAAAUCUUUUGGAUGAAAACAAUGAUGUCAAAACUGAUGCAGCGGUAGGAUUUUUAACCUCCAGUAGAGACGACAGCGACCCUUGGAAGAAAAUAAUCACGGAUCGAAUCGGCAACGUUCAAUCUCUUGACGAAUUCGUCCCCGCACGGUUUGAAUCUGGAAUUAAGUGUCCAGGAACAACUAAAGGUUCGACUUUGAAUGUAACCAUUGAACCGCUGGUAUUGGUCCAGUUUUUGCAAAUGGGAGUUGUUGAGCUUUGCCCUCAGCCCAAGAAUUUCACAAAGGCGGACAAAAAAUGCAAUAAUGCCACACUGGCCACUUGGAAGAAUUGCACGCAACCUCUGAUGCGCACUCUGUACCCUUCGGGUGGUUCUCCCGUCAGCGUCCAAGCAGUUAAAGUAUCUUCUACCGACUCUAAAUCUGCAGAAGCGCCCCCAGGAAAAAGGAAUAUUUUCAACUACAUUAAAUCUAUUGUUAAAGAAACGAGCAAUGCUUGAAGUGUAGAGCAUCAAUAAAUCAAAAUUCGUCAAGCUAUUAAAUAAAAGAUAAUUUAACCUG